GUUAAAUGUAUCGAUAACGAUUUGCAACGCCUGAUAUCGGUUGGGAGGUAAAUGUUGUUGCUACGGCGAAAUUGACGCCGCCAAGGAUCUGAUCCGGAAACCGAAUGAUGCAACGAUCCCGCGCUAGCAGCACAAGCAGUGGCCGCCAGCCGGCUCCUCCGCCAGCGGGACUGCCCCAGCCGCAGGUUCAGCCGCUGGAGGCGCCCAAGAUCAUCGUGAUCCAUCCGGGGUCCCAGCACCUGAGGAUCGGGCGGGCGGCCGACCUCAAUCCGCUGACCCUGCUCCAUGCGGUGGCCUACAGAAGGCGGCAGGUGGACGGCGACUGGCCGCACCACGACGCACUCCUGCCGCCGCUGGACAACAUCAAUCCCGCCCAGCUGCAAGUGGAGUUUGAGGAGCAGCGGCUGGCUGUGUCGCGUAUCCUGCAGCACUGCGUCGUCGAUGAGAAGAACCGCCUGCGGGUGGCCACUCCGCCGCAGCAGUUGGCCCACUUCAACCGGAGCAGCCAGGCCGAGAAGGUGCCGCCGCCAAGUGGCCACCCACCGGAGGACCAGCAGCCCUGGCUGGACCGCGAGGCACCGGUCCUGUUCGACGACAGGAUCCUUCGCCUCAGCGCCUUCGAUGCCCGCGACUACGACAUCCACUUUCCCAUGCAAAGGGGCGAGCUGAAUGUGCACAAGGAAAAGGGCGGCUCGCUGCAGGCCAGCCUGCAGCACUUGGAGCGCAUCUGGGCAUAUGCCCUGGAGGCACGUCUGAAGAUACCGCUGCGGGAGCUGGGCACCCACUGCGCCGUCUUGGUGGUCAACGAUGUCUAUGUGCGGCGGCAUUUGCGGGAGCUCAUGACCCUGCUGCUGCAGCGCUUGGGCUUCCGGCGCUGCUUCCUCGUUCAGGACAGCGUGGCCUCCACCUAUGGCGCCGGCAUUGGCUACGGCUGUGUGGUGGACAUUGGCGCCCAAAAGACCUCUAUCGCCUGCAUCGAGGACGGCAUUUCGCAGCUGGAUGCGAGGGUGAGACUGCCCUAUGGGGGCGGUGACUUGGACCAGGUGCUCCUCAUGCUGCUGCGCAAGUGUGGCUUUCCCUACCGCGAGUGCAACGUCCAGGACAGCUAUGUGGAUGCCCGUCUGCUGGACGAGUUAAAGGAGAAGUUCUGCCACCUGAAUGCCAGUGUUUGUGGUGCCCAAGAGAAGCACUUCACCCUGCGCAAGCAGAACGGCCAGUGGUUGCGGUACACUAUCCAGGUGGGCGACGAGGCCAUCAUGGCACCGCUGGCCCUCUUCCACACGGAGCUGCUGAACAUUACGGGCCGGUCGAGAGCGGUCUGCAUGCAACAGGCGCCGCAGGAGCAGUACGACUGCGAGGACUGCUUCGAUGCGGAGUAUCUGAAGGAGACGGGCCGCAAGAACGGGGUAAGGGGUGGCGAUGCCUUGCCCCUGGCCACGGGCCCAGGAUCCCAGCCACGCCCCCAGCUGCCCGUGACCGCAGACGACGAGGAGCUCAUUGUGGUGGAUCAGGACGAGGCCAGUAGCAACUGCCAGUCACAACAGGCUUCGCAGCCAGCUGGAGGGCAGUCCAGCGCGAAUGGCUGUUACCACAAUGGCCAGGGCCAGGUGCUGCCUUUGGACCUGGCCAUUAUCCGAGCCAUCAACCGACUGUCCAGCUACGAGACCAAGCGCAAGAUGUUCGGCUCCAUUCUGCUCGUGGGCAGCAGUGCCAAGUUGCCGGGACUGGCCGCCUGGCUGGAGCACCGGAUCAGCCAGCAGAUACAGCCCACCGGCGCCGAGGUGAACGUCUUCACCAAGGGCAUGGACGCGGGCAUGGUCGCGUGGAAGGGAGCGGCCAUCAUGUCCGUGCUGGAGAGCGCCCGCGAGCUGUGGAUCUCGCAGCACGACUGGCAGCGCCACGGACUACGGAUACUCCGCGAGAGAUCGCCCUUCCUCUGGUGAGAUGGCCAUCCCCUCCUCCCAUUGCAUUUCGAAUAUGUUCAGGGAAACUGUAAAUGUUAAUUAAGAUAAUGUAGGAUCCUACUUUAAAUGCCGACCAAUGCAUUAACGACUUGCAACCGAUUAUCCUAAAAGCAACACUCAUUUCAUAAAAAACAUCUAGCUUUUAUUUUAAAGCACGUAACAAAGUAUGCAAAAUAAUAACAAACAUCUGAGCCUGUUUUUGUUUAGCUUGUUUGUAUAUUUAGAAUUAUUUUAUAUAGUAUCAGAGAUUAAGUAAACAAAUUAAGAGUCCAGCGAUUAGCUCAGUAUAUACGCAAAUUUAAUGAUUGUGAACAAAGAAAGUAAGAGCCAACAAAACGAAAGGUACAACAAAGCUUUGGCCGUGAAAUUCGAACUUUAUCCAGCGAUAAGUAAAUACGACUGUCUUAUCAAAAAUAAAUCAACGAAAAAUGCA